UCGUACGGAGCUCCUUAUGGGGCCGCGUACGGUGCUCCCUGGGGCGGAUGGAAUCCGUACGGUUACCCGUACAGCGGCUACCACGCGGAACCUGCUCUCGCCUCACACAGCGCCAAUAUUAUCCGUUCGCCGUUCAAUCUUGGACAGAUAUCAACGUACACCAAGGCCAUUGACACUCCGUUCUCGAGCGUGCGCAAAGCGGAUGUGCGUGUGAGCAACCCUGGAGUGGCAGUUUCUACAUACUCUCCCUACGUGUCACAUGUUGGUGUCGCACCCGUCGCCACUCCUGUCGCUAAAGUGGGGUUGGGUGUUGCUUAUUCCGCUGCACCGGCAGUUUCCCACAUGACAUACACCAACGGACUAGGUGUUUCUUACUCUUGGUAAAUAAAUACUCACCCAACAGUCAAAGUGAAAAUAUAAAUAAUUAAGUAGGAAGAUCAUAGAAGUACUUACAAUUUU